AUGAUACGAGAUGCAGCCAGGAUUUCUAGAAGAUGUGAAGAAUUUCAGUGUUUCGCUAAAAGAAUCCAUGCCCCGGCAACGAAGCUGAAUUCCGUAGAUAGCCCCUGGUCAUUUUCAAAAUGGAGGGUAGAUAUUGUUGGACCCCUGAUCGAAGGGUCAGGGGAAAAACGAUUCUUGAUUGUAGCCACGGAUUACUUUAGCAAAUCUGCCACCGGUGAAUCCCCGUUCCUCCUUACUUAUGGAGCUGAAGAUGUCAUUCCAACAGAGAUCAUCAUACCAACCACAAAGACCGAAUCUUGGGAAAAGAAUCUCACAGCGGAUAUGAUGUUAGAAAGGCUUGAUGACCUGGAAGAACGAAGGAAGACGGCGUUGCGACGAAUGGAGAAUUACCAACGAAGAUUGGCUAGAGAGUACAACAAGAAAGUUAAGCUUAGGAAUUUUAUAGAAGGGCAGUAUGUGCUUAGAACUAUACCGCAAUAUCAACGAGAGAAAAAGUGGGGCAAAUUACCACCAACAUGGUCAUUUAUCAUACAUGACAUCGCAGGGAACGGAUCCUACUAUCUGUGUAAUCUGAAAGGAUAA